AUUCUUUCCUUUCCCUGGAAUUGUCCUCUCUUUUGGGAGAGCAGAGUUUUUUUUUUAGGUAUUAAAUAACCUGUGUCUGUAGGGCCUCAGGGAAUCAGGGAUGUUAUAGCAGUGAUACUGUUGUCACUUCCCAGGAGUCUUUAUGAAUUUUUAUGGGACUUUGUGAGCAUGGACACAACUGGUUUGAGAAAUUUCUUCGACAUCAGAAAACUGGGCGCCAGGAUUCUCAUCUAGGUCACUGUAAAGGAUCCCGGGGAGGCACAGAGGUCUCCUGAUGACGGGCUGCGGCCCUACAUUUGCCAUGCAGCACAUUGUGGGUGUACACCACUUACUGGUGCGGAGAGGCCUCCUUGGAACCGACCUUGUUAUAGCCAGGACUCUCUGCAGCCCGGGCCCUAGCCAGUCUGGAGAGAAGCGCCCUGAGGAGGCAGUCCUGUAUCAUCGCCUCCCAGCUCUGGGGAGAGCCCUGGGGCAGAGCAUUCGGCAGCAAGUUGCCUCCACGGCCAAGAUUUGGUGGGACAGAUAUGAAGAGUUUGUGGGGCUCAUCGAAGUUCGAGAGGCCCAGGGAAAUGUGACUGAGGCAGAGAAAAUGUUCAUGGUGGCUCGUGGGCUUGUUCGAGAGGCUCGGGAGGACUUGGAAGUUCAGCAGGCCAAGCUGAAGGAGGUGAGGGACCGCUUGGACCGUGUCUCCAGGGAGGACAACCAGUACCUAGAGUUGGCUACUCUGGAGCACAGGAUGCUGCAGGAGGAGAAGAGGCUCCGAGUGGCCUAUGAGCGUGCAGAAGACUCUGAGCGUGAGAAAUUCUCUCUCUUUUCUGCAGCAGUGCGGGAAAGUCACGAGAAGGAACGUGCCAGGGCUGAAAGAACUAAGAACUGGUCGCUUAUUGGAUCAGUCCUGGGAGCCCUCAUUGGUGUGGCUGGCUCCACCUAUGUGAAUCGUGUACGACUACAGGAACUGAAGGCCUUACUCCUGGAGGCACAGAAGGGGCCACUGAGUCUCCAGGAGGCCAUCCAUGAACAGGCAGCUAGUUACUCCCUCCAGCAGAGGGACCUCCGUGACCUCAUGGUGGACCUGAAGGGGCUGGUGCAUGCUGGGCAGGGCCAGGGCUCUGGGUCACCAGCAGGUAUUUCCCCUACCAGAGAGAGAGACAUAGAUAUCCUUUCAUCUGCUUUACAAGAGCAGCUCAGUCAUUCCCAGCAGGUCCAUUCCUGUCUAGAAGGCUUACAAAAGCAGCUUGAUGUUCUGGAUAAAACUUGUAGUCAGAUGGUUGGAGUGAUUCAGCUUGCAGAGGCUGCAGCACACCCAGGCCCGGGAGAGCCAGCAGACAGGUCUCUGCCCAGCUCCUUGCUGGCACAGGGGAGCAUGAUGGUGGCCCUGUCCAACACAGAACAGAAGCUGGAAGCCCAAGUGAAUAGGAACACCAUCUACAGCACACUGGUCAUUUGUGUGACAUUUGUGGCCACACUGCCUGUUCUCUACAUGCUAUUCAAGGCCAGCUAGCCCUUUGGACCUGCUCCCCACAGGGCCUAUGGGGUGAAUGUGGCUUUUGUUAGUGAAUCCCAGCGAUGCAUUGACUCUUGGGGUGUACACACAACAUCAGCACCAUUUAUGUGCCUCACAGCAGGCAUCCUUUGCUUUACAGGCAAUGCUUGUUCACCCUAAUUAUGAAAACUUUAUGUUGAUGUCUAUUAAAAUGUCUUAGAGUUUGUACUCUUUUUAUUUAAAAAAUUUUUUUUUCU